AUGCCUCUGGAAGUCAUCUACGUGGUUCGCCACGGCUUCCGCACGGCCUGGUCCGUCGACCACAAGACAGGUGUCUACUCAUCAAGUGUUCGCUCACCCACCGGCAUUGCUGCCGACCCCCCUCUCACGUCUCACGGCACUCAGCAGGCUGCUGAGCUAGCGAGCCACCUCAUCACACUGCGGCCAGCUAUUGACGCGGUCUACUCCAGCCCCUAUUACCGGUGUCUUCAAACUAUCACACCAUAUGUUGAGCUUGCCGGCCGCGACACACUAAUCCGCCCAGAGCACGGCAUAGCAGAAUGGUUUGGCGCUGCGCCGUUUGAUCAUCCCCAGCCAGCGGACGCCGAGACCCUGAAGGGCAUGUUCCCAGCGUAUGACAUGGACUACGUGUCGACGCGCCAGGCGUCACGCCGUGGCGAAACGUUGCCGCAGCUGUAUGAGAGAGUGGCGGUUGCCGUGCAGGCCUUGAUCGCAAAGGCAGAUGUCGAGGGCCACCGUGCCAUCGUGCUGUGCUCCCAUGCUGCCGUCGUCAUUGCGCUAGGCAGGAUACUCACACGCGAUAUACCCGACGAGCCAGACCGCGUCGACUUCAAGGCCUUCACGUGUGGUCUGAGCACGUACCGAAGAAGAGGAGGCGAUGACGACGCGUGGGACUGCGAGCUGAACAGCGACUGCAGCUUCCUGACGCACGGAGAGGAGCGUGGAUGGAAUUUCUCAGGGGACGAGUCCUUUCCAGGUACAGGCUCCAUGUCCCAGGAAGACCCCAAGCUGUGAAGGCAGUGCAUGCGAACACGCGGACGGCACACACAUGAGUGGCACAGUGACGACAACAUGGUCUUGGACCCUGAUGUUCCUGGCUGCAAGGUACGAAACCCCCUUGCGUCGACCUGAUCCAGGAGGGGAUUCUGCGCGAGGCCCUCUGUGUGCCGGACCCAGAUACGGAGGCAGCCAUGUCGUCGCUGGCAGUGGCCCUGUUCUUCAUUAAGCCACCGUUGGGAUCUGCCGUGCCAGACUUCUGGGAGAGGCGGAGUCAGAUGAUAGCUGCGGGAGACUGGAUCAGGGACCUGUGC